GUUUACCUGCUAAUCUCCACACUUGUGCUCAGUGUGAUGGAGGCCACGCCCAUUGUAAGCGAAGGGGGCGUGGAUGAAGUGGUGCGAAAGACGCGACACAUUGGCGGUGGCAUCAUUGGAGGCGCUGGCAUUGUUGGAGGUGGUUUUGGCGGUGGUUACCUCGGUGCACCGGCAGUACACACGGUUCCCGUGGUGUCCACGGUGCCCAUAAUAACCACAGUGCCUGUGGUGUCCACCAUUUCCACAGUGCAAACGAUUCCCAGCUAUGGUUAUGGAGAGCACUAUGGUGGAUACAAUGCUGGCUAUAAUGGAGGAUUUGGUGGUGGAGGAUUUGGAGGCGGAGGAUUUGGCGGUGGCGGCUUUGGCGGUGGCGGCUUUGGCGGUCGUAGCCUUGGCGGUGGCAGCUUUGUUGGCGGUGGCGUUGGCUUUGCCAAGAUAAAAGCUUUUGGCAUCGGUGGCUUUUUGGGUUGAAUAAAGUUUCAAGUGUAAACAAUCAAUAAAAAGAAAAAUUGGUUUGAGUUUGACUUACUCUCUACAUAUUUGUAUUGUACGAGCGAGUCAGUGCUGCCAGCUUAGCUUAUUUAAGGCUAUAUUUAGAUUUUAAAGAAAUGCAAUAAAACCAAAGUUAAGAAAAACCUAUGAACAGUAA